CAUUUUCUCCUUUUCACUGUUCAUUGAUGUGAAACAUCCCUUUGUUUUGUUUUCCUCUCUACUCCACCACCUCCUUUUUGGUUCUGAAAAUCAUACACCCCUGCUCUGACACAGAGACCCAAUUGACCAAAAGUCUGAAAAAGUUAGGUAAAAUGCAUUAUGACUUUCCAUUCCUUUUCUUUAAUGCUUCUUCAACGCUUUCUGUGCUUCUUUUCAAACUUUUCUGCCGUCUAACUGACCCAAAAUCACAUUUUUACGAAAAAUGACUUUCUGGUUGGCCUUAGAAUGCCGAGGUUUUAUUUGAAUGGUGACUGUUGAGCAUAGAGUUCAGCUACCUGCAAUGUUAAUGGUAAUGGGAUCUUUACUUUCUGUUUGGUAUCUCACUGCUUCUACGUGAAUUCAGUGCUCUUUUUCACUUCCUUUGUUACUUUUUAUUUUCAAAUGGUUACUAUUGAUUGCUUCAUCCUCACGCUGUUGUAAAAUGACCCCUUUUCUUUAUUUGACCAUCCUCUCUCCUGAAGUGGGUCGUUUUUUAAUUUGCAUUCAGAUUUAGUAGUCUUUCCUUCUUGUUUUUCCAGUAUUUAGUUUUGGCGCGUGGUGUUCAUAUCAACAGUUUUCACCUCGUUAUUUGUCUUUUUUAUGUAUGCUGUUACAGUUUGGUUCAUUUUACCGAGUGUUGAAAAAUUUUGGAGGUUGGGGUCUUCCGAGUUAUGGAAAGCAGUGACCUUCCAGUGAUCAUUUGAAGCUGAACACGUAUAUUAUCUCUUUUGGUUUUUGAAAUGGAAUUGCAUAGAUAUUGCCGUAUGGCUUUUGUGCAAUGGAGUUUCCUGGCUUGGUUUGUUUUCUUUUCUGUGGGACUUGAGACCCUAGCCAAUUCUUGUGACCAGCAUGAUUUGUUGGGCCUGAAGGAAUUUGCAGGCAAUCUUACAAAAGGGUCUAUCAUCACAGCAUGGUCAGAUGGUGUUUUCUGCUGCAAAUGGGUUGGAGUUGUUUGUGAAGAUGUGGUUGAUGGAGGUAGUAGAGUGUCCAAGUUGAUUCUACCUGGAAUGGGUCUUAACGGCACAAUUUCAAGUUCUUUAGCUUCUCUGGAUCAGCUGAAAGUGCUUGAUAUUUCGUUCAAUCGUCUCCAAGGUGGAUUGCCUUCCGAGUUCUCUAAUUUGAAGCAGUUAGAAGUUCUUGAUUUGAGCCAUAAUAUUCUGUCUGGACCACUUGUUGGGGUACUCUCUGGUUUGCAAUCCCUUCAGAUACUGAAUAUUUCUAGCAAUUUAUUUGUUGGAGACCUCUUCCAAUUUGGGGGAUUACAACAUCUCGUUGCUCUCAACAUAAGCAACAAUUCAUUCACUGGCCAGUUCAAUUCUCAAAUUUGCAGCUUCUCCAAGGGUAUUCAUAUUCUUGAUAUAUCACAAAAUAAUUUUUCUGGUGGUCUUGAAUGGUUGGCAAACUGCAGCACAUCUGUCCAAGAGUUACAUUUGGAUUCCAAUUUUUUUACUGGCUAUCUUCCUGAUUCCUUGUAUUCAAUUUCAGCAUUGGAGCAGCUCUCAGUCUCUAUGAACAACCUCUCCGGUCAGUUAAGCGUGAAGCUAAGUUAUCUCUCAAACCUAAAAUCUUUAAUAAUUUCUGGAAAUCGGUUUUCUGGGGAGCUCCCUAAUGUUUUUGGGAAUCUUUCGGACCUUGAACAGCUAAUAGCGCACUCCAAUUCAUUUUCUGGAUCAUUACCUUCCACCUUGGCCUUAUGCUCAAAACUUCAAGUUCUUGAUCUUCGGAAUAAUUCUUUGACAGGUUCUGUUGGCCUUAAUUUCACUGGGUUGUCUAAUCUUUCCACGUUGGACCUUGGUAGCAAUCAUUUUAAUGGACCCCUUCCAAAUUCUUUGUUCAAUUGCCAUGAAUUGACAAUGUUAAGCCUUGCAAAAAAUGAAUUAACAGGCCAAAUCCCUGAGAGUUAUGCGAACCUCACUUCACUUUUGACUAUGUCUCUGUCAAACAACAGCUUUGAGAACCUAGCUGGGGCGCUUUAUGUACUGCAGCACUGCAAAAAUCUCACAACUCUUAUCCUCACAAAGAAUUUCCGUGGUGAAGAAAUUUCAGAAAAUUUAACGGUAAGCUUCAAGAGCCUUGUGGUGUUAGCACUUGGAAAUUGUGGUCUCAAAGGCCGUAUUCCUGUUUGGCUGUUAAAUUGCUCGAAAUUGGAAGUUCUCGAUUUUUCAUGGAACCAUUUGGAAGGCAGUGUCCCUUCUUGGAUUGGUUGGAUGGAUCAUCUGUUCUACUUGGAUUUGUCAAAUAAUUCUCUUACUGGAGAAAUACCAAAAGGUUUGACAGAGCUGAAGGGCCUCAUAUCCCUAAAUUAUCAUAUAUCAAGUCUCUUUGCAUCUGCUGCUAUUCCUCUCUAUGUCAAGAGAAACAAGAGUGCUAAUGGGUUGCAAUAUAACCAUGCUUCGAGUUUCCCUCCAUCAAUAUACUUGAGCAAUAACAGAUUAAGUGGAACAAUAUGGCCUGAAAUAGGUCGUUUGAGAGAACUUCAUAUCUUAGAUUUAAGCAGGAACAACAUCACCGGCACAAUUCCCAGCUCUAUCUCUGAGAUGAAGAAUUUGGAAACACUAGACUUAUCUAAUAAUAAUCUAUACGGAACUAUUCCUCCAUCAUUUAACAACCUCACAUUCUUGUCUAAGUUCAGUGUGGCAUAUAAUCACUUGUGGGGAACAAUUCCAGCUGGGGGACAAUUUUCAAGUUUCCCAAAUUCAAGUUUUGAGGGCAACCUGGGUCUGUGUGGGGAAACAUACAAUCAUUGUAACAAUGAAAAAAAUGUCGACAUUUCCACUCCUUCCUCGGGUAAAUUCUGUAAAAGCAGUGUCCUUGGCAUCACAAUUGGUUGUGGAGUGGGCCUUGCACUACUUAUUGCAGUUAUUCUGCUAAGAAUGUCAAAGAAGGAUGAGGAUAAACCAGUGGAUAACUUUGAUGAGGAGCUUAGCUGGCCAAACAGGGUACCUGAAGCAGUUGUUUCUUCAAAAUUGGUUCUUUUUCAGAAUUCAGAUUGCAAGGAUCUCACAGUUGAAGAUUUGAUAAAAUCUACCAACAACUUUAACCAAGAAAACAUAAUUGGUUGUGGUGGGUUUGGCCUUGUCUACAAGGCAAAUCUUCAAAAUGGCAGAAAGGUAGCUGUGAAGAAACUUUCGGGAUACUGUGGUCAGGUGGAACGAGAAUUCCAAGCAGAAGUGGAGGCACUCUCUAGAGCUCAACAUAAGAACCUUGUUUCACUCAAAGGUUAUUGUCAGCAUCUUAAUGACAGAUUGUUAAUUUACUCCUACUUGGAGAAUGGAAGUCUUGACUAUUGGUUGCAUGAGAGUGAGGAUGGAAAUUCAGCUCUAAAAUGGAAUGUAAGACUCAAGAUAGCUCAAGGUGCAGCUCAUGGACUAGCUUAUUUGCACAAGGAGUGUGAACCACAUAUUGUGCACAGAGAUAUUAAAUCUAGCAACAUACUUUUGGAUGAUAAAUUCGAAGCUUAUUUGGCUGAUUUUGGUCUUUCAAGGCUACUUCAACCCUAUGAUACACAUGUUUCAACAGAUUUAGUUGGAACUUUAGGAUAUAUUCCUCCAGAAUAUAGUCAAGCACUGAAAGCAACAUUCAAAGGUGAUAUUUAUAGCUUUGGUGUUGUUCUUGUUGAGCUUCUCACUGGUCGAAGGCCUGUAGAAGUCAUUGUGGGGCAAUGCAGCAGGAAUCUAGUGUCUUGGGUGUUUCAGAUGAAAUCUGAAAAUAGGGAUCAAGAAAUUUUUGAUUCAGUCAUUUGGCAUAAGGAUAUUGAGAAACAGCUCUUAGAGGUACUAGCUAUUGCUUGUAAAUGUAUAGAUGCAGAUCCAAGGCAGAGACCCCAUAUUGAAUUAGUUGUUUCAUGGCUUGAUGGUGUAGGAUUUGAUGGCUCUGAAUAGUCAUCAUCUUAAAAUCGCAGCAUUCAUGACAUCUAUCUGAUUUUUGUUUGUGUAUCAUUGAGUCAGGAAAUACCAAUAUAAGGCAUCUUUGUAGUAUGGUGGUGGGAUAUUCCCAUAUUUUUAUAAGGAUGCAUUUGUUACAA